GUUGGCAGAGAGCGAGAACAAAACCCAGUAUUUGUAGUAAAAUAUGGGGUCAUCAAUAUUGGCUUCUCUCUUUGGCACUCUGUUAGUGCUCGUGUCUCUCAGCUUGCCUUGUGGAACCACAGCAAAUUCCUCUUAUCCAUCCCCUCCUCCUCCACCACCCUACUACUACACUUCAUCGCCGCCUCCUCCGCCUGUGUACUCUCCACCACCACCUAAGGAGAUUUACAAGUCUCCUCCUCCACCAACUCCAGUUUAUAAGCCUCCAUCACCUCCUUCACCAGUGCAUUUUCCCACACCUCCUUACAAGUACGAGUCCCCACCACCACCACCAUCAUCACAUAAGCACAGAUACAAGUCGCCACCCCCACCCAAAGAACCUUACAAGUCUCAGCCCCCGACACCAACUCCUGUUUAUAAGUCUCCACCUCCUCCACCAGUUUAUAAGUCUCCACCUCCUCCACCAGGUCAUUAUCACCCCCCUUACAAGUAUAAGUCACCUCCACCACCACCACCCAUGCAUCCCUACAAGUCUCCACCUCCACCCAAGGAGUCUUAUAAGUCUCCUCCCCAUCCACCAACUCAUGUUUAUAAGUCUCCACCACCACCGCCAACAGUGCAUUAUCCUCCAAAACCUUACGAGUAUAAGUCUCCCCCACCGCCAUCAUCACCACCCAAGCACCCUCACAAGUACAAGUCUCCACCGCCACCAUCACCACCCAAGCACCCUCACAAGUACAAGUCUCCACCACCACCAUCACCACCCAAGCACCCAUACAAGUACAAGUCUCCACCUCCACCAUCACCGCCCAAGCACCAUUAUAAAUACAAGUCCCCACCCCCACUACCACCAGUUUACAAGUAUAAGUCUCCUCCACCACCUCCUCCUCACCACUACUAAGCAACAGCUCUGACCGCAGAAAAGGAGAACAUAAGAGAGAGUGAGAG